AUGUCGUUUGUCGAAGGGCUGGCGAGCCCUGAGAUGGAAAUCGCCGAGGGCGGAGUUAUACUCGACAACCGAACGUUUGUAUUAAAAAAAUGUAUCAAAAUUAAAAAAAGAUUGUUUUCAGGAGGUUUGCGGACCUGAAAGCGAUGCUCGACAGCAACAAGGACAACUUGAAAGUUGACGCCAUGAAACGGAUUAUCAACGUUUGGCUGGUCAGAAAUAACUGAAGAUGUGUUAUUUUUCAGCUCAUUGCCAAAGGCAAGGACGUCAGCGAACUUUUCCCGGCCGUCGUUAAGAAUGUUGCCGCCAAAAACGUCGAGGUUCUUUUUUUAAUGUUUCUCAAGAACUAUAUAUAUAAUUUUGCAGCUCAAAAAACUAGUGUUUGUUUAUUUGGUGCGGUACGCAGAGGAGCAACAGGACCUGGCUCUUCUGUCGAUCAGUACUUUCCAGAGAGCUCUCAAGGUAAACGAGAAAUGGGAGUUCUAUGACUGAUAUUUUCGUCUUAGGACCCAAACCAACUGAUCCGCGGCAGUGCCCUGCGAGUUCUGACCUCGAUCCGCGUCGGAAUGGUGGCUCCGAUUAUGCUUCUGGCCAUCAAAGACGCCGUCAGAGACAUGAGUCCCUACGUUAGAAAGGUAAUUUGUAUUCUUGAGACAGAGGAAAAUAUGAUAAAACUUCAAACCCUGUACAAUUUUUCAUGGAAGUUUUCCAAAUCGAGUUCAAAAGUUUUAAGUUUUUUACCUUCAUUUUCGCGUAUUUAUUUUUUAAUAAGGCGUCGAGUUGGUUCCAUGAGACACGAGGUUUCCUGUUGAUGAAUUUAAUUUUAACUUACCUUCUUCUGUUUCCUAAGUUUUUCUCGCCUUUGCCGCUUCAGAAAAUGCACAAUUUUCCGAUUUUGACACAUUUUAUGAUUUUUUCAACUGGCGACAAGUCCUCAGUCAAUAAAUUUCGAACAAUAAUAAUUCGGCAAAGUUCUUACUCUUGCAAAAAUCUUUGAUAUUUUUUGUGAAACGGUUUUUUUUUGAGAUUGAAAGCUAGGGUUUUUGUUGUUAAGUUUUUUUUAACCUCAUUUUGACCCGUCCUGUGAUAUAAUCUGCGAAUAUCACCUUUUUAGGUCGCUGCACACGCCAUUCCGAAGCUUCACUCGCUGGACCCGGAUCUGGAAACUGAACUGAUCGAUUGUAUCGAUUUUCUGCUCGCUGAUAGACGCAGUCUGGUCCUCGGCAGUGCCGUUUAUGCGUUCGACGAAGUUGAUCAAACAGAGAUUCGCGUUAUUCUUUUUACUUUUUCUAGAUCUGUCCGAGUCGAGUUGACCUUCUCCACAAACAUUUUCGAGCCCUUUGUCGUGGCCUAGCUGACGUCGAUGAGUGGGGACAAGUGAGUUCCAGCAGUUCUACUGCGUUUCUGAACUUCUAGUUGAGGUUGUCAUGAUCAAUCUUCUGACGCGAUACGCUCGCAGCGAACUGAGCGAUCCGGAUAACGGCAGGCUUCCAGAUCCAGAUCUAGUUCUGCUCCUGAACUCUGCUAGGCCCCUCUUACAGGUUAUUUCAGAAGGGAAAUUUCGAAAUAAACCGGAAAUUUCAGUCUCGAAACUGCAGUGUUGUGAUGGCAGUCACGCAGCUGUUCUACCAUGCCGCACCAAAGGCCCAACUGGCCCAGGUUCGAAAAACUCAUUUUGCAAUACAUCUUCCGAUUUGAGGUCGCCAGAGCGUUGGUCCGACUACUGCGAGGUCCUCGAGAAGUGCAAUACGUCGUGUUGGUGAACAUCGCGACGAUCUGCGAACGCAACCCGGUAGAGGAAGGCACAUUUGCCAUAUCGAAAGUACGCGCGCGUGUUCUGGAACCACCGUUCUGCAUUUCGUGAUUGUCUUGUGUCGUUCGAUUGCAUCAAUUUCGUUCUGUUUUGUUAUUGCAUCAAUGAACCGAGAAAAACGCAUGUACUUUCGACCAGGGAUGCGCGGCAAGUUGUCUUUUUUAAACUUAAAAAUUAUCAAUUUUGAGCUUAGAAAGACAUUUGAAAGUUGAAAGCAAGAAACAUUUGAAGUGUUAAACAUUUUGAGAAGAUGCAAAUUGAGAUAUAAGUUGCCGUGCAUCCUUGCUUCCGACGUCGAUCUACAUUUUCGCACCCAAUUAAAAAAAAUUAUUUCAGACAAUGUUCGACCCAUUCUUAAAAUCUUUCUUCGUGAGAUCCUGCGAUUCUUCUCUGGUCAAAGAGUUGAAGCUGCACGUGCUGACAAGCUUGGUCUCGGAAUCCAAUGUUCACGUUAUCUUGCGAGAACUUCAAGUACUAAAUAGCUGGUUUUUCUUUCAAAUUGAGUAUUUUCCAGACUUAUGUAGCUAUGGGAGACCUGGCAGCACCGGCGAUAGAAGCCAUAGGUAGAUGCGCUGUUCGCGUUGGCGCCGUCAGCGAUCAGGUAAUUGCGAUUUCAAAAUGCAUCACUAUAAAGUUUGAACCUUCCAGUGCAUGAGUGGCUUGGUCCAACUGAUUUCCUCGGCCAACGAGAAAGUCGUCUGCAGCGCCGUCGUGGUUCUGAAGCGGUGAGAAGCGUAUAAAUUCUCCCCUGGUAUGGAGAUACAGGUUACUGCAUGCUGAAGCCCCGGUGCAGUUACUGGCCCGACUCAUGCGCCUCAUGUCGAAGAUGGAGGCGGCACAAGCUCGAGCCUGCGUCAUCUGGCUGGUGGCCACCCACGUCGAAAGCGUCAUCGACAUGGCUCCGGACCUUCUCCGCCAGAUCGCCAAGAACUUUUCCAACGAACACGAAAUGGUCAAGGUGCAGAGCUGAAAACCCGCCCUAAACUGAAAAUAACUCAAUUGCGCAGGUUGAAGCUUUGAAACUAGCCGUGAAGUUGUGGAUGGUCCGAAGAGACGAGUGCGAAAAAAUAGUUCAGUACGUCCUGCAGUUGGCUCGUUUCGACUUGAGCUACGACGUACGAGAUCGGUAGAUUCAAAUCUGUUUCUUCGAGGACCAAUUCAUCUGCUUCAGAUGUCGUUUCUUGCGUAAUUUGCUUUUCAAUACUCACAUCCUGUCUCAACAUGCCGAGGACGUUUUCAUGGCGAAAAAACCGGCUCCGGCCUUGAUGAGCUCCUUUAAAGGUGGCCGUACUAAUUGACACUGAAAGUUACUUUUUUUUCUAGAAAGAGACCAGUUCCAGCUCGGAUCUCUCUCCCAUGUGCUGAACCAACGGUGCUCCCAUUAUAAAGAUCUCCCGCCGUUUUCUGAAGUUCUUCAAAUUUAAUUGUAGCUUGUCUAAUCCAAUCCUUUCAGACUUCCACUGACCCUGCUCUGAGACGUGAAGCAAACGCUCCGGUAGAGUUGAAACUCGAAAGCGAAGAAGAGGAAGACGAGGACGAAGAAGACGAAGACGAAGAGGAGUACGAGGAAGAGGAAGAGGAGGAAGAAGAAGAAGACGAUGAAAAGGGCAACGACGACGACGAAGAAGUUGAAGUUGAAUCUGAAUCAUUCUCAUUGUUCGCACUUCAGGAAGAAGACAGCGACGAAGAAGAUGAGGAAGAAGACGAAGAAGAUGAAGAGGACGAAGAGGAAAGCGAAGAGGAAAUCGUUCCUAAACCGAAAGCCGUUAAACGUGAGUUUUCGAGCUUUCUCCGGACCUCAAUCACCUAUUUCUCAGAACCGGUGAAGCAAAUCAACGGAAAGGCCAAUAACUUGUCUCUGAAAAAGACGCCAGCUACGACAUCUUCCAAGAAACCUUCAGACACUCUUGACUUGCUUCUUGAUGUUGAUUUUUCCGCCGCCGGGUCUCGACAAAUCAUGGAACCUCAACCAUUCUCUGUACUGAGCUGCUUCUCCGAUUUUCAUUGGUCUUAUCAUUUCAGGCCAAAGUGAAUGAGCUGCUGAACGUCGUGGAAGGCAACGGAAUCUCUGUGAAGAUGUCCUUCCCACGGAAGAACGAUGCUCAGUACACACCUAUACAGUUUUCGCUACACAACUCGACCGAAGAAGAAGUGACCGACCUGGAAAUCAGUUGCCCGGAAGGACUCGACGUCAAGGGAUAUGGAAAGGUAUUUGUGAGUUGAAAAGAUCGAUCGAAAAACUUUUUCCAAGAUUGAAUCUCUGGCGGCUGGAAACAGCGCGUCUGUGACUCUUUCCAUUGACCUUGGUGAUAGCAGUAGAAGUAGAGAAUGGGUUUUGCGGCGAAGCGGCGACGAAACUGGCAAAUCUUUCCGAUUCGAGGUACCCAGCCACCUUUAACACUGAGCUUAUCCGUUCUCAAGGUUCCCUACGGCGAGCAAAUGCAACCGAUCAAGCUGACGUCGGAUAUGGUGGACAAGGAACGCGCCAGACUCGCUGGCCUCAAUCGCCACGUCUUGGAAUUGACGACCGAACCCACUGCCGACCAAGUCUACUCCAUCGUCAACGCCUUCGCAAUCGCUCCGGGAGUCAGUUGUGCUAAUAGAUAUUUGAAUCGGAAAAUAAGCUUACACCGAUUCUAACCUCUAAAAGAAGCAGAGAUGUGUACGCAAAACGAUUUUAUUUCCCCGCCCUUGUUCUGAAUGCUGGGUCUGUGUAAAACAAACUGUAUGAAAUUGCGGAAGUGUCAUUAGACUUUGCAAUUUGUGUGUUUUCAACGUGUAUCAGCUCCAAAUUAGGCUUUCUUUCGCAACGAAGAGCCCUUUUCAGUACUACUUUAGUGGAACCACCUUUUUCUGAGCCUUUAAUCAUCCCGUUAAGCCGUUGUGAAUUAACUAUGUGUACUCCAUUUUUCGCGACUUGAAACUCCUGUUUUUCUCUGCGCCCUCCUCGUCUCUAGGCGGCCCUCUCAAGCUGCCGUGCUAUUUUCAUGUUCCUCCUAUCUCGCCGGUGAGGGAACAGAGAGACGCAGACAGUGGAAAAGUGUCAAGUCGAGCAGAAUGAGAUAUGAUUCUCUACUGCUGAAAUAAGACAAUAUAUAAUAAACGGCUGUUUUGCUUAGGAAUUUUAGAGUGGUUCCUAUAGGGGUUAGAGAGUAAAAAAGCCCAUGUAGGGACCGUAAAAGUGCUCCCUAUAGGGAUAAAAUAAAAGAUGCCCCUAUAGGGACCAUUCUGGAGUUCCUAAGUGUGUUUUUAUUCCAAGCUCACGUUUAAGAGAGUAUAGCCAUUUUCUGGAAUCAAAAUGAGCAUUCGUAACAUUUUUCGUGACAUAUUUUGAAAUGAAUCGAACCGAUUCCAGGUCUACACGUGCCAGACGCGUUCUCGGAAAGACGUGGCUAUUCUGAAGACGUCGACAUCGAAUAUCGAGGCGUGCUGCGACAAUUCAGUCGUCGGCAGAAUGCUCGCCUACGCCAUCCAACAAUCUCUCAAAUCAACUUGA